UGCCCUCGCUUUUCAGCUAAUUACACUCUGUACCGAGACCGAAUCGCAUGUGUAUACCUGUUACGCCCGUCGCGGCACGUCGUUACGCCUCAUUGCCUGUAGGUACAACCGACGAGCUCUUGAAAGCCUAACCCGUUAACCGCCUAAUAAUCGGACAGGCACAUCGAUUCGAACUAUGCGCCACGAUGCACCGACACAGCGGGGGACGUGGACGAAUUUCCUAAUCGCUUCCGAGUCCUCGAUAUUCCACGACCGUAAUCCAUACUUCUCGGUACCUUACCCCUUUUCCGACAAGUAAUCGCGCAUCACAGUUAUAAAAGUUACCUACGCCUACGGCACGCGCGGCGACUCGCGUUGACUCUCAUAACAAUGGAGGGGAAAUAUAUGGGCCACUGUUUCUGAUACGAUGAAUAUUAACUUGCCUCACCCUCCCCCUCACCGCCCCUCAUGUCUGACCUCGAUUCGAGAAAAAUUAGGCAAAACAAUAACGGGCCUUUGUGGUGGAAAAUUUACUCCUCGGAGUUCCCGAGUGAGGAGCCAACCAUCGUAAAGUCACCUGAAGAACCUCCGUAGAACUCAAGGAGAAUUCUAAAUCGGACGGAAACGCGAAAGGACAGACUCGGAUUCGUUUGAGAAACUUUCUGGCUUAUUCCGUUAUGACUCAUGAUCAGAUUCGCGGAACGAUCGCUUCCGCCCACAUUUCAUUUGCGAAUUCAAGGAAGGUAGGGAAACGUAUAAUGGAACCGUUACCGUUGCUCGUUAAAUUUGCGCGACAACCCCGAGGCGAGGUAACUAAUUGUCAGAGAAUUCUUCGGGGUUAUCAGGCAUCGCGAGGAAAGUACAUAUAGACACAUUUGCGAGUCCGCGCGACGCGGAGGACUUUGUUAUCAGAUUGCCGCAUGUAUCAGAAAGCCCGAGAAACGUUAUCCCGGGACGAAGUUCAAACAGACGUGUCCCGGAUUAAACAUCCUGCAGACUGUGAAAGAAUAGUCGUUAAGUUACGAGCAAUUAUUCACGCGUGUCGAGCUUCGCCGCGUUGUACACAGUGUGGGAGGAGGGAGUGCAUCGCCCUAUCUUGUCGAGAGACGGUGAAAAAAAUGUGUUGCGCAAACCGACUACUAUCUGUUUGCCAACCGUUUCUUUUGUAUAUAAAAGGGCAUCACGAGGCCCGGGAUAAGAAACUCGCAGGUCGCUCAACCUCCCACAUCCAAGCAAUGCGCCUCGCGGGUACCGCAGCCUCGAUUGCGAUCCUCGCAAUACUCGCGAGUGCUUCGGCCCAGCGAUCGAACUCCACCCUCAACGAACUCGAAGAUGACGCCGAGAAGAUCAAGCCCCCUGGACACGACUACGGCUCAUCCACCCUGAAGACCGAGGGAUCUCUCUGCCAUCACAAAGAUUACAGGUCGUACAUCAAGUGCCUGCUGAGGCAUAGGAGGUACGACUCACCGCAGGCCACUGUUGAAAUUUUGUACCCAGGUAGAACGCCGUCAGUCCCCGCUGCUGGCAACGGAUGCAUGGAGGAGUGUGAACGCGAGCCGUGUCGUCGUCAAGACGUCACUUCCUGUUCCGAGGUCUGCUACGAUCGCUGCCUGAGAAAGACGAAGGAGAUCCACCAUCGAAUCACCGAAUACGAGAGCGCCUGCGAGGAGGGAGACAAAUGCGAGGGAGGAAAGUUCGAACAUCGUCAAGGAGUGAAUCCGUUCGCCAACCUAACGACCAGCAUCGACAUUCGGAAUUACGUCAACAAUACCAACCUGAUAGUUAACAACCCCUUGCCCGACUCGGACGCCGGUCAUCGUGGGAAAAAGCCAUACGACACAAACCGAAACAACACCAGCUGCGGGCCUGGACAACCUGGGUGCUCAGACACUGGGACUGACAUCGUGUCGGGCGAACAACCUGGACUGAAUACUCCACUCGAAGCAGCCCCAGGAUUUCAACCGUGGUACCCUGCACCAGGUACUGCAAGCCUCGCUCUCGUUCCCCAGAUUCAAAUGGUGCCGCAAAUCACGUUCGGUCUUGGGAUCAGUACUGGUUUCGGUUUGGGUUCCGCCUCUGCUGGCUGCCCGUACACGAGCAUCUGGAUGUGUAUUCCGAAUCAGCAACUGCAGCAGACUUCCGAUUGCUCCGGCUGCAAGCAGCCCUAUCCCUAUCAACGUGGAAGAUGUGAUCCUGCCUGCCAACGAGGCUGAGGUCGGAUUCUGAGCUUGUAUUCCCGGAAUCGACGGUGUCGUCAGAGAUACUGGAUUCAGUUUCAAUGUUCCCUGAUUACCUUAAGUUUAAUUUCAUCCCAUGAUGUAGGAAUAAAUAAAUAUGACGCGAUAAGAACGUAA